AGAAAAACCAAAUACGUAUACUCAGAACAAACAUGCCGCCUUCAACGAACGAACCAUGGUAUAGUUGCACUUCUCCGAUUGGUAUUGCAAUUUAUUUAGUAGGGACAUUUUUAUUACUUCUCGGUGGUUUGACUGCCUUAAUUAUUUAUACAAAUAGUCCAACAUUCAUCUCGCCGACUCCAAAAGUACGCAUCUACGCCUUUACACUUUCACCCACACUCGCCCCGGCCGACGGCAACAGCGCUGCCACGGAACCCCCGCCGCUCACCGCCAACUGCACCGUCGCUUUCACCAUCGACAACAACCAUGUGAGCAACGAUGAUUAUGAAGGUGGAGUAUAUGAGUACAACGAGAUUGAGGUCUUGGUUGUCUGGGGCGGGCGGAACGAGACGUUCAUGCGAGCCCGCCCCGAAACCUUCAUUCAAGGCAGCCUUGAACGAAAGCCCGUGUUGCUGGCCGCGACUGAUUUAUUCGUGCCGCGGGAUCUGCAAUCGGCGGUGGAUUAUACGUUCACGAUCAAUAUGAAGAGUAGGGUUACGAAAGAGCCCGGGACAGAAGAGGAGGAUGUGUUUUACAUCAAGGCAACUUGUGAGGAAGUAAAGAUUGGUUUUAGGAAAACACAAAGCGUUGAUAGACUUGCCACCAUGUUGGAUGGACCGCAGAUGUGCGGGGUUGUGAAGUUAAAGUCUAGCUUUAAUCUUUGAAUUAGCUGUUUUAAUCGUUUAAUUUAAUUUAAUUUAAUUAGUAAGAUGCAUUUGUCAGAUUAAGUUUUGGACUAAUUUGAAUAGGUUUACGGUUUCUAUGUUUACUUAUUAUAUCAAUUUUGGCAAAAUAAAAAGUUUUAUUUGUUC